CCUCUGAUGUUGUAGACAGUGCAAGAAACACAAUCAAUCCCGAAUGCAAACAACAAAAUUCACACUUUCUAUUUGUUGUAUUGUGUUCAUCCUCAUUCAUGCUCGGCUUCAUUUUGCAUAACUUGUGAUUAAGCUUCAACGAAAGUCCCCAAAACGUAUCAUUAGUGCCACACUCGAGCUCAAAUCAACACUACUAAAAUGCCCUCCAUUACACAUUUACUCCUCAUCUCAGUCCUAAUUUCCGAAAAUUUGUGCAACAACAUGACUGGCAAAUACCACACAAUGGAUACCCAAUCCAAGACCUAUAAACUACUAACAUUCAACACGGAACAAAACGGAGACAUCAGCAUGGAAUUGGCAUUCAACGUCCCAUUUAUCACAAUCCCGGUGAAAAAAUCCGUCGAUAUGGCCAAAGGUGCCAUUGCCAACCUCAACGUGGGGGCUGUAGUCCUCGCCGGGGCUAUCGCCUUCGCCUUCAGUAUCAUCAUCCCGGCAAUAGCCUUCCUCAUGUCCAAGAAAACACGAAACGGUGAUGGGCAAGCCUGGUGGGGCUAUUUGGAGCUGCUCGACCGCAGUUUGAGCGAAAAUGGGUUCGACUCGACGUCGUGUUUACAACGAGUGGUUUGUUGGGCCGUUAAAAAUUCCGCCCAAAAUGUGAAACAGGGGCACAGUUCGAGCAGUGAUAAGAUUAUCGAUGGGUUGGCGUCGAGUCAAUGGGUCCUGGGGAUGGUCGAAGGCUCGGUGGUACACGACGCCGUCAGAAAUGGGCUAGGGGGGAAAAACUGUGCCAAGGUGUAUGGGCAGUGCCAAAUAAUCCAAGAGUCCAUACGGAAAAUGACCAAAUUCGUACACACCAUCAAUAACAAGAAGAAAUAACGGUGAAUUGUGUGUCUAAUAAACAAUAAAAGACGAUUUUGAAGUGGUAAAAUUGGAUUUUUUGGGGUUGGUGGCUCGUUCGGUGUAUAUUUGGUUGCAUACAUUUGGGUGCAAAGCCAAAAUUGCAAUAAAAACGAAAUUUUUGGGGUAAAUUGGGUGUGAAAGGAAA